AGCACAUGGUAUAAGUAGAAAAACAUGACCAACAUCCCUAUAUAAUUGCCUCAUUCAUCAGUUGUACAAGUACUACCAUUAGAGGGGACGACUAGCUAGCUAGUGAUCACAAGAAAAAGAGAUGGCUAUAACAGGAAAGAUAUCACGUGCAGUUGAAAUCAAAUGCGAUUGUCACUUGGUUUAUGACCUCUACAAGCACAAACCACACGACUCAUCAGUCGCCGACCCUGAGAAGGUUGAAGCUUGUCAUUUAGUUUCUGGCCAAUGGGGUGUUCCUGGAUCUGUCAUUCAUUGGGACUUCUAUCAUAAUGGAAAAAAGGAAACUUGCAAAGAAAUCAUUGAAGAAGUUGAUGAUGAAUUGCACAAAAUUGUGUUCAAAGUGAUUGAAGGAGAUAUCGUGGAGGUGUAUAAUUCCUUUAGCUUCAUCCUUAAGACCGAAGAUGUGGGGGAUAAGAAGCUUGUUAUCUGGACUAUAGAGUUCGAGAAGGCGAAUGAAAGUAUACCCGAUCCAACAUCGUAUCUGGACUUGCUUUGUGGAAUUGCCGGAAAUAUGGAUGCUCAUUUUCUCAAGGGAUUUGAGUCCCUUUUCUGUUGUUUCUCUUCUGUUUAUAAAGAAACGUUGCCACCAAAGGUUACCCCCUCCAAUCAGUUCUGGAACCAUGACCACGACCGUCCUCUACCCUCCUCCGCAUACGUCUUCAUCAUUGAACCACCAGUGCACCGCCACCAAAUCAACGCCUUGCUCUAUCCUCACACUCUCCUACAAUCGUCUACCUCUUUCCAAAACAUUACAAAACCACCAUCAGUGAAAAAUCAAUAG